AUGGAUUGUUGGAAGGAAGUGAAAAGCAGCAGCUGGAUUUAUCCUACCUUGAUGCUCUGCACAUAUGGAUUUUUCUCUGCAAUGAGGCCAGCAGAAUCUUUUCUUACGCCUUACCUCACAGGGCCAGAUAAAAAUUUGACCAUUGAAGAGGUGACAAAUCAUGUUUUCCCAGUUUGGACAUACUCCUACCUAGUGCUGCUGGUUCCAGUUUUCCUGAUCACAGACUACAUGCGCUAUAAGCCCAUCAUUAUUCUCCAAGGAGCUGGCUCUCUCAUUACUUGGCUGAUGCUAGUUUUUGCACAAGGAGUGCUAGCCAUGCAGCUGAUGGAAGUUUUCUAUGGCAUGUUCACAGCCACAGAAAUAGCUUAUUAUGCCUACAUUUAUAGCACAGUCAGUGCUGACCACUAUCAAAAAGCGACAAGCUACUGCAGAAGCAUAACGUUAGUUGCAUCCGCAGUUGGGGCAGUGCUGGGACAACUGUUGGUGUCCUUGGCAGGCUUAUCCUAUUUUUAUCUAAGCACUAUAAGCUUGGCUUCUGUCUCCCUGGCAUUUUUUACCUCACUUUUGUUACCGAUGCCCCAAAAAAGCAUGUUCUUUCAUAGAAAAGGGCUCUCAGACACUGUCUCAGAAAGAGCGGACAGAGAGAGAACACCAAAUGCAUCCAGCACUAACAAGCACACUGGUCACCAAGAGGACAAAGACUCUGCAAACCCCAGCACCUCACCUGAAUGCCAUCCUAACACUACUAAGCCACAGAAUCAUGUGCUGAAAGUGCUGGUGCAGCUGUUCAAGGACAUGAAGGAGUGCUACAGCACAAAGAGGCUUCUUUACUGGUCUCUCUGGUGGGCGUUAGCCACUGCAGGCUUCUAUCAGAUCCUGAAUUAUGUCCAGGUGUUAUGGGACCACAGGGCACCUUCCCAGAGCUCUGCAGUAUACAAUGGGGCUGUGGAAGCAAUAGCAACUUUCCUGAGCUCAGCAACAUCCAUGGCAGUUGGAUACAUGAGAAUAAACUGGAAUCUUUCAGGAGAACUGGCCUUGGGGAUCUUCUCUGCAGUGAAUGCAGGUGCCCUGUUUCUCAUGCAUCUUACUGCCAACAUUUGGGCAUGCUAUGCCGGCUACUUGGUUUUCAAGGCGUGUUAUAUGUUCCUCAUAACAAUAGCAACAUUUCAGAUUGCUGUUAACCUCAGCAUGGAACGUUAUGCUUUGAUGUUUGGAUUCAACACCUUUCUCGCACUGGCAAUUCAGACAAUUUUAACGCUUGUUGUAGUUGAUUCAAGAGGCCUGGGAUUGGAUAUAGUCACUCAGUUCCUAGUGUAUGGCUGCUAUUUUGCAGCCAUUGCUGGAAUUUUCUUAAUGAGAAGUAUUUAUAUACUUGGCUCUACCAAAUGCAGAAGAGAGAAACAGAGCUUUCCUAAAGAACAUCUCACCUCAGGGAACAAGGAUCAGAAGAACUCAAUUACAACUGGCAGUGCAACGUGGCUGUAA